CGAAGGCAAUUUUUCACAUCCUUACAGAAUCUGCCAUCUUGAGACAGAAUAAAGACUAAUAAUAGGAGAUUACAUGCUCUGAGGGAUGGCCGAGAAGAGAAAAAAGCCGAAGCCCUCACCACUUAGUCUGCAGUCUUCGGUAGAGACACUGGACUCACCUGAUGGCAGUAUCCCAGAUAAAGUUCCAGACCCCUCAAAGCCCUCUGCUGCACCGGAGCCCAUGACAGAGCAGCAAGCGUUACAGAUGAAGACUUUUUUGGGUCAAAAGGAAGAGUUUCUCACCCACGGGGAACUCAAAGACAAUCAGUUUGAGCGACUCUCAGAGCUCGGCCAUGGGAAUGGGGGCGUCGUCUUAAAAGUGAUGCACAAGCCAAGUGGUAUCAUAAUGGCAAGGAAGAUGAUAUUGCUUGAUAUAAAACCGACCGUCCGUAAUCAAAUCAUGAGAGAACUCAAGGUUCUUCACGACUGCAAUGCCUCGUACAUUGUAGGAUUUUUCGGGAGCUUCCAUGUCAAUAAUGAGAUAUCAAUACUCAUGCAACACAUGGAUGGCGGUAGUCUUGAUUUAGUUCUGAACACUGGAAGGAUUCCUGUGGACAUGAUUGGACAAAUAACAGUAGCUGUAUUAAAUGGUUUGAAAUAUUUACGAGACACUCAUCACAUUAUUCAUAGAGAUGUAAAGCCGUCUAAUAUUUUAGUAAACUCAGAGGGAGAGAUCAAGUUGUGUGAUUUUGGUGUCAGCGGUCAGCUCAUUAACUCAAUGGCUAAUUCCUUUGUUGGCACUCGGUCAUAUAUGGCACCUGAGAGACUACAAGGAGAGGUCUAUUCAGUAUUAUCUGAUAUAUGGAGUCUUGGUGUGUCGCUCAUUGAAAUGGCUAUAGGGAGUUACCCCAUCCCUGCUCCGCCCAAAGAGCAGCUUGACGAAGAAAUGAGAAAUCCACCUGCAGGUUCUUUGCCUCCUCGCCGGAAUCCUUAUGCUUCACAUGCUAACGCUAUACGUAUGCCAGUUUUUGAAUUGCUACAAAUGAUAUUCACUGAUGAUCCACCACGUUUGCCUGAUGAGUAUUUUGAUGACAAAUUCAAAUCUUUUGUUGCUUUAUGUUUACAGAAAGAUGUUAAAAAAAGAGGAACUCUAUCAGCAUUAUUAGAGCAUAAAUUUGUAGAGGAAUCCUCUAAAGCAAAGGUUGACUUUGCUUCUUGGGUCAAAAGGACAAUUGAUGCAAAUGCACUGAUAGGCACACCAACUUCAAUCACAUAAUAUGUGUGUCUUCAAAGCACAUACACACACCAUCUCACUCUCUCCAGUAGCAGCUGCUAUUGUGGAGAGGUAUUCUAUAUUAAAAUAGAUAUCAACAUAGACUAUUAUUAUUAUUAUUAUUAUUAUUAUUAUUAUUAUUAUUAUUAUUAUUGUUGUUGUUAUUAU